CACUGCAACACUCGCUCCGUCUCUCGCGCAGCGGACCGACCAACGAUCACGGCACGGCGCUUCAUCACCGGACAUGGCCCCUAGUGCUCCCGCUUCCCCCGCUCCGAGCGGCUCGUCCCGCGACGGCUGACAUCAUGACGUUCCCCGCACGGGACCUCCCGAUGCGCGCGGCUGCGGCGGGGCGCUACGCUGCUCUGCUCGCGCUGUGCGCGCUGUGUUACGGCAACUCGCUCCGCGGGGAGUUCGUGCAUGACGACGUGUGGGCCAUUGUGAACAACCCCGACGUGCGGCCCGGCGCGAGCCUCCAAAGCGUCUUCACCGGGGACUUCUGGGGCAAGAGGAUGGCGGACAACACGAGCCACAAGUCCUACCGACCGCUCUGCGUGCUCACCUUCAAGCUGAACCUGCUCCUGGGCGGUCUGAACCCGUUCCCCUUCCACCUGGUCAACGUGUGUCUGCACGCCGCCGUCUGCUGCCUGCUCCUGCACACGUGCGAGCGCCGCGUGUUUCGGGACGCCAAGCCGGCCUUCCUGACGGCGCUGCUGUUCACCGUGCACCCGGUGCACACCGAGGCCGUGUCCGGUAUCGUGGGCAGAGCAGAUGUCCUGGCGUGCCUGCUGUUCCUGUUGACGUUUCUCUCCUAUAUUAGGUGUGUGGGCGCGGUCCCGUCGGAGGGCUCCGUGCCAUGCACCGAGUCCCCCUGGGCCCUGGGCGCCAGCCUGUUCCUGGGCACCUGUGCCAUGCUGAUCAAGGAGACCGGGGUCACCGUGUUCGGGGUCUGCGUCCUGUACGACGCCCUGGAGCUCUGCCACAAGCCCCUCCUCCUCCUGCGUCGCUCCGGGCCCAGCCUCAGAGAGCUGGUUGGGUUCUGCAGUCCUCUGCUCAAGCGGGCCGGCCUGGUCUCCGGAUACGUGGCGCUCAUCAUGUCGGUGCGGCUGUGGCUGAUGGGCGGCUCCAUGCCCCUGUUCUCUGAGCAGGACAACCCCGCGUCCUUCUGCCCGUACCUGCUCACCAGGUUCCUCACCUAUUCCUACCUGUUGGCCUUCAACGCCUGGCUCCUAUUGGCCCCGGUGGUGUUGUGCUACGACUGGCAGGUGGGCAGCAUCCCCCUGGUGGAGACGCUGGGGGACGCACGCAACGGCGCCACCCUGCUGCUGGGGGCGGUACUGCUGGCACUCUGCCGCCACUGCGCCUCCUCUCUGCAGAGGCGUCCCAGUGGGGAGCUCCUGGUAGGGAUGCUGUUCCUCACCUUCCCCUUCAUCCCGGCCAGCAACCUCUUCUUCAGGGUGGGCUUCGUCGUGGCCGAGAGGGUGCUCUACAUGCCCAGUAUGGGCUACUGUAUCCUGGUGGUCCACGGUCUGGGUCGCCUGUGGUCCCUGGUGGGGCGGGGGGGUGCGGCGGCCCUCAGCCUCUCCCUGCUCCUCCUCCUGCUCCUCUUCUCCCUGAAGACCGUCCACCAGAACCACACCUGGCUGUCCCGCGAGGCGCUCUUCAGGUCUGGGAUCCAGACUCUUCCUCACAACGCGAAGGUUCACUACAACUACGCCAACUUCCUGAAAGAUGGCGGCCGGCAACAGGAGGCGAUCCACCAUUACACCACCGCUCUGAGGCUGUACCCGCGUCACGCCAGUGCGAUGAACAACCUGGGCACCCUGACGCGCCACCCGGAGGAGGCGGAGCGCUACUACAGGAGAGCUCUGAAGACCAACCAGCAGCAUAACCGGGCGCUCUUCAACCUGGCCAACCUGCUCAAGUCCAGGGGGGAGGAGGAGGAGGCGGAGCUCCUGCUGCAGGACUCCAUCCGCUACGGCCCGCACUUUGCCGACGCCUACUCCAGCCUUGCCUCGCUGUACGCUGAACAGAAGCGCUUUGCCGAGGCCAACGCGGUGUACCAGCGGGGGAUGGAGAAGUGUCCCGACAGCUCUGACCUCCACAACAACUACGGAGUGUUCCUGGUGGACACAGGAGAGGGAGACCGUGCCGCCGUCCACUACCAGCACGCGGUGCGUCUGAAGCCACAGCACUACGUUGCCAUGGUGAACCUGGGCCGUCUCCUCCGCUCGGCCAAUGACAACAAGGAGGCGGAGCUUUGGUACAAGAGGGCGCUGGCCGUGAGCAGGAAGGUGGACAUCCUGGUGCCCCUGGGGGCGCUGUACUACAACACGGGGCGCUACGAGGAGGCGCUGGCCGUGUACCGGGAGGCCGCCGCCCAGCAGCCCGACAACACCGACAUCUGGCUGGCCCUGGCCCAGGUCCUAGCCAUGGCGGGUCAGCCCCGGGAGACAGAGGACAUCACUCUGGGGAUCAUCUCCAGACAGGGCGGCUGCAUCGAGUGUUACCGCCUGCUGUCCGCCAUCUACAGCAAGCAGGGCAACCACACACAGGCGGUGGACGCCCUGGACCAGGCCCUCCUCCAGAGCCCCAGUGACCCGGCGGUCCGGGCUGAGCUCCACUUCUCCAAAGGGAACCAGCUCCGCGAGAUGAACCAGCUGGACCAGGCCUUCCAGAGUUACAAGCUGGCGGUGGAGCUCAAGCCUGACCAAUCACAGGCCUGGAUGAACAUGGGCGGGAUCCAGCACAUCAAGGGUGACUACGCGGCCGCCAGGACCUUCUACCAGCGAGCCCUCCUCCUCAACCCCGGCUCCAGGCUGCUCAAGGAGAACCUGGCCAAGCUGGACCGCCUGGAGAGGAGGCUGACGGAGGGGGUCUGACCUGGACCAGGACCUGGACCGCCUGGAGAGGAGGCUGACGGAGGGGGUCUGACCUGGACCUGGACCUGGACCGCCUGGAGAGGAGGCUGACGGAGGGGGUCUGACCUGGACCUGGACCGCCUGGAGAGGAGGAUGACGGAGGGGGUCUGACCUGGACCAGGACCUGGACCGCCUGGAGAGGAGGCUGACGGAGGGGGUCUGACCUGGACCUGGACCUGGACCAGGACCUGGACCGCCUGGAGAGGAGGCUGACGGAGGGGGUCUGACCUGGUUCUGACCUGGACCUGGACCUGGACCGCCUGGAGAGGAGGCUGACGGAGGGGGUCUGACCUGGACCUGGACUGGCCUGGCUCACCUGGACUCACUGCCGGCUGGUCUCAGAGUCGUCCCUCACAGGAGGUCUGGGACCCAGCGCUGGGGAGCGGGGUCUGAACCCCUCCUGGUCAGGGGGAGGGAGGAUGACCUUCAAGCCAGCCUCCUGUGGACCUGGACCCUCUGAGACCCAGACCCCCGGAGACCCAGACCCCCGGAGCCCCAGACCUGGGGGGUGACGCACAACUUAUAGAGAGACUUCAUGCUCACUGGUUUACGAAAUAAGAGACCGAGACCCGGAUUCCACCAUCCACAUCCGCAUCUCCGGAUUGACAACGCUGACAGCCAAUGAAAGUCUUGUCUUCUGGUUUCUGAGGCUGGCCCUGUUCUGCCUCCUUCCUCUCUGUAUCAGAGGUUCAGGGCACAUGGUGAUGUCGGGUGAGGCUAGUCCUGCCUGCUCACAACACGCAGCCACUGGCUCCCAGUCCUGCUUGGUCUAGGUGAGGACCAGGAACCAGUACCAGUCCUGCAGGCCAGAUUGACUGUAGGCCUACAUAAUGGGUCUGUAGGCCUACCUGUCAAUCAUCUGUGAAGCUUAAUGAAGUAAACGGUUGAGGUCGACCGAACGAUGGCACACGAAAAAAGACUCACUGGGUGUGGAGGAAAUGUUUGUGGUUCGGGAAGGUUUGCUCUUCGGUACGAUUCAUUUUUAAAGGACCAAAAACGUUUCCAUCGCUCUGUCCCUCCGCUGAGGUAUAUUCACGGCUCCUUGUAUCUUCAAACCGUUUACCGAUAUAAGCUAGUGUCGCCAUGGAUACAAGGGUUGAAUUGAUGGCCUCAAUGAAUAACAUGACAAUGACGAUUUGUGAGAUGAGAUUAGUGUUUGUGUUCUGUCGAUGGCGUUGUGCGUUGUGCGUUGUGAAUGAAAUGUUCUGGAAUGUAACAGAACGUGACGAGUGCAAUGACUGAAUUGCACAAUGAAAAUAAAAAUAUAUGUUUCCCUUA